UGUACGUGCACGUUUUAUUUGGUCUCGCUGCUUUGCUGCAGGAUCUGGAAGCUUCUGGUGUGUUUAUAAUGGUAAAGAGGAACUCACACACACCACUACUACAGAAGCACAUUAAACACAUCACAUCUGCAUCUGCAAAACCUUGAUUAAUAUCAUUUGCACGAGAUGGCAGAAGGCAGAGGUAACCGGCGUCACCCCAAUAAUUUACAGGGUGUGCUUCAGAUGGCUGUAGAGGCUGGUUCUGCAUCUGAGGGUCCAGCUCCAUCAGAGCCCAUGACACAGGAGAGAAUGGAGUUUUUGAGAGGAGCUCUGGCAGAAGUGUGUAAAGGACAGAUGGAUGAGGUAGAACAGAUGAAACGGUGUUUGGAAGUGCUUAACAGAGAUGAAUGCAGAGAGAGAGGGAGUGAGGAAGAGGAAGAUGAGGAGGAUGAAAGAGAGGAGGCUCUGGAAAUGCUCUCGGAGCUCUGUGAGAACCUGGACAAUGCAAGAGAUCUGAUGAAGCUGGGCGGCCUAGACUUGUGUUUGUCGUGCUGUCUCUGUCACUCUGAAGCAGGUAUUCGCUGGAGAGCAGCUCAGCUCAUUGCCAGCUGUGCUCAGAAUAUGCCUGAGGUGCAAUGCUACCUGCUGAAACAGGGGGCGCUACUGACACUCCUUCAACUCACAGAUCACGACGCAAACAGCACAGUUCGAAUUAAAGCACUCUACGCUGUGUCUUGUUUAGUGCGGGAACAGGAAGCAGGUCUGCAGGACUUCCUGUCACACGAUGGCUUUUCAGUGCUGAUGAGGGGGAUGCAGUCAGACAGUGAGAAACUGAGAACUAAAUCAGCUUUUCUUCUGCUAAGCCUUCUGACUAGUCACCCAGAACACAAAGAUACAGUGUUGUCUAUGGGGAUGGUUCAGCAGCUGGUGUCAGUUCUCCGGUCCCCUCAUUCCUCUGUACACGAACAUGUUCUUGGCGCCCUCUGCUGUCUGGUUGAGGAUCCCCGUGGUGUGAGUGAUUGCAGAGAUCCAACGCUGGCCUUAGAGGAACUGCUCAACCAGAGAGUACAGGUCCUAAUGGGACGAGAUGAGAGCCUGGAGGAGUUGGAAUUUUGUGAACGUUUACGAGUGGCUUGUUUCCAAGGGCAACACCAGGAGGACAGUGGAAUGGAUCGCUGAGGUCUUAUUGGUCAAUGAUGCCUGUUGUGCAGUGAUAGGCCAACACAAAGGAGUUUGUAUUCCCUCUAUGCUUAAGAGAGAAAUAAUGUACUAGAAAAAUAAUUAAAAACUUUUUACUCUGAAUAUUCAUAGUUCAGUUUUGCCAGCUAUAUGUGCAUGUGCAUACUUUAAUGUACCAUGAAUGCUGAUGGUUUUCAACUGUACACAAAACACGUUUUUUUUUUUAUAUGAAAAUGUACAUUUUGUAUAAUAUGUCAGUUUGUUAUAGUAAAAUAUUUUGUUUAAAAUUAACUUUCUAUGUUUUUAUUCUAUCCCCUUUUCAGCUGAACAGCCAUAUAAAUGCUAACCCACAAAUGCAAAGCCAUAGUUUAGAGCUACACACCAACAUUUAAGAAAUUGCAGAAAUAAAAUAAAUGUGAAAGAAAACACCAAUAUCCUUUCACUGUGUGUUGAGAGUAAAAGUUUGGUUUAACUCGUUCUGUGUGUCCAAAGACAAGAUCCACGGAUCCAUUUGUCAUUGAAUAAUGUAUCUUAAUACCCUUUCAGUUUUUUAAAGUCAGUUGUUGAUUAAAUACAACAACAAAAAGAAACAUUUAAUUCUAAUCACACAUGGAUGCGCUUAAGAAAUUACGCACGUCCUCUCUGCUUAUAUUUGCUUACUGGCUGAUGCCGCUAGUCUUAAAGAGACAGUACCGCAUAAGUGCGUGUUCUGCAUAUCAAUGUAAAUACUUGUGAACUGUACAAAUUAUGCAAGU